AUGAGUGCCGCCAACAUCGGCACGGCCCUCGCGCCCUCGGCCUUGCUCGUCGCAGCUGUCUACGCCAUCAAGCCUGAAUUCGUAACCUACGCCGUCGCAGUCGCCGGUAUUCUCGCAGGAUACUUGGUGUUCAGCAAUAAGCCUCGCAAGGUCCUGAACCCCACCGAGUUCCAGAACUUCGUGCUUAAGGAGAAGAAUGAGAUCUCCCACAAUGUCGCCAUCUACCGCUUUGCCCUGCCCCGUCCCACCGACAUUCUCGGUCUGCCCAUCGGCCAGCACAUCUCCCUCGCCGCCACCAUUGAGGGUCAGCCUAAGGAGGUUGUCCGCUCAUACACCCCCAUUUCGUCUGACAACGAGGCUGGUUACUUUGACCUGCUCGUCAAGGCCUACCCUCAGGGUAACAUCUCCAAGUACCUGACCACCUUGAAGAUCGGCGACAACCUCAAGGUCCGCGGCCCCAAGGGCGCCAUGGUCUACACCCCUAACAUGUGCCGUCACAUUGGUAUGAUCUCUGGUGGCACCGGUAUCACCCCCAUGCUGCAGGUCAUCAAGGCUAUCAUCCGCAACCGUCCCCGCAACGGCGGUAACGACACCACCAAGGUCGACCUCAUCUUCGCCAACGUCAACCCCGAGGACAUCCUGCUCCGUGACCAGCUCGAGCAGCUGGAGAAGGAGGACGAUGGAUUCCGCGUCUACUAUGUCCUCAACAACCCACCCGAGGGCUGGACCGGUGGUGUCGGCUUCGUCACCCCUGAGAUGAUCAAGGAGCGCCUGCCCGCCCCCGCUGCCGAUGUCAAGAUUCUUCUCUGCGGUCCUCCUCCCAUGAUCAGCGCCAUGAAGAAGUCUACCGAGGCUCUUGGUUACACCAAGGCCCGCCCUGUCAGCAAGCUCGAGGACCAGGUCUUCUGCUUCUAA